AUGACCGUUCCAUUUAUAAGUGGUAUGCAGCUUGGAAGUGCUUUCGACUAUUCCAAAUUUAAAGUUGGAAAUAACCUGGUUGUGGAUAACGUUCGAAACGAAUCAAUUCAGAGACGUAAUGACAUGUCUUAUAUGAAGUUUAAAAUGAUAAAAAGUCAAAAAGAUAUCAGCGAUGUGUUGGAUGUCUCGGGAGAAUUAUCUGUCAAGGUCAUGGCUGGACUCGUUGAUGUUCAAGGAAAAGGAUCGUACCUGAAAAGUUCAGUGACGAGUGGAAACACUGUGGAAGUUUUGGCGCAAAUUUAUUAUCGCACGGUAAGAUUUCAAAAUUUGUCCGAUAAAUUUAUAUUAUUGUCUGAAAGUGUGUUUUUUUUCGAACCAUAAAUUAUAGAGACUAUAAAAAUAGUGUGUCUGGCGGGAAACAUCAAAGCAAAUAAUAGCCCCACUCGAGGGAAGCGAAAAACAAAUUUCGAACUUUAUUAUAUUCAUUUUGAAAUCAAUGGUGUUUCCUGCAAUCUGAUUAAUGGUUCACAAGAGUGCGAUUUCAGCACGAAUCAUCACAUUAGAGUGCAGAUUUCGGCCAACCAAUCAUAUUUAAUUAUAGGAUUCAAGCAGCCAAUCAAAUGUGAGAAAAAUAUGAUAUGGCAAAUGAGCAAAAACAAAAAAUUUACAUAUGUCGUGAUUUAAAUUUUUUCUAAUACUCUUCAAGAGUGCCUAAGCAAUUUUUUGCACAUAAAAGCAAAACAAUAUGGAUAGCUACAGUAAACUAUCAAAGGAUUUGUAAAGAGAUGUAUUUUUUUGAAAAUUCACAAAUAGUAACAGGCAAAACGCCAACAAAAGCAAAUUUAAAGAAGCGUCUGGUCAAACUCAGGGAAAACAAAAGUAAAUUCGCCAAUCGUAUUUGCAAAUUUUAAACGCACCAAACUCUUUCAAAUCACUCUUAAAACCUACAGUAUGUUUAAACUAACUUGUGUUGUCUCUUAUUCUUUAUAAAUGUCUUCAUUUCUUUGACGUUUUUGCAGUUUAAUUAACAAAAGUUUUACAAAACUAAGUACGUUCAUCUUGUUUGCUUAUUGUUGGAAAUCUACCUUCAGCAUGCCAUUAUGCGUUCAUUACUCGGUGCAUGGACGUAAUUUUUUAUAAUCAUAAAGAUUACGCUUUUGGCUAUUGAGUGUUGAAUGACAUGUUCUUCAGCCUUAAAAAAGAACAAUUGAGUAAGUACGAGUUAAACAAAAAAUGUUUGUCGAAAUCGCGUAUUUACACUGCUGCACCCAAUUAAAGCAGUGCAUAACAAAAGGAAAAGGAAUUAAUCACGAAUGAGUCAUUUUAACAAUGAGUUCAGAGCUGGUUCACAAGAUGUCUAUAAUAAUUAUGCAUACCCAAGUUUUUUAUUUAAGUGAAAUUCAUCAACUUAAUCACGUCAGAAAUGCUUAUCAGCGGUCGUUACUCAACUAUUGUGUAAUGUUCAAUUUAAUUAAACGCCCCGUGCAAGCCCCACGUCACGCACAGUUACCUACGUUAUUCGUUAACUAUCCUACUAACUAGCUACCUUUUGUAACGCCGUUAAUACAGCAGUUUCACGAAAUACACGACUAUCUGAAGCAUACAUUUUGAGAGCAAUAGUUGUCUUUAACAUUUAGGAGCGGCCACUAAUUCACAAUCAGAAACGUCAAAAGGCUCCCGUUGCGUCUAUUUAUAAAAUAAUUAGUCGUUAAAAAGAUAUAUUUAUUCGAUUCCGUCAAAUAAUUGCUUAAUGAAAAAUUGCUAGAAUAUAGUGAUUGUCUUAAAUUGAGAAAUAAAAUAAAUUUACCUCCACUACAAGGUGUACAUGUACUUACCUUUAUGUGUUAGUUCGAUGUGAUUUGAACACGAUCUCUUUUAAUAUCCCCAGUCAUAAGACACAAAGUGUCUCAAAGUGCACAGCCACAGGUAAGGGUAAAUCAUUAAAUUUCAUUUCUCAAUGAAAGACAAUAUUCUGGCAAAUUAUUUGACAAAAACGAAUAAAUAUAUAUUUUAACGACUUAUUUAUUCUAUAAAUAACCUCAACCUGAGUCAUGUUAACGUUUCUGUUUUUGAAUUAUAGUGACCGCCCCUAAAUGUCAAAACCAACUAUUGCUCUCAAACUUUUUGUUUGAGGUGCUCGCGUAUCUAGCGAAACUGCUGUAUCUCGUGUACGUAACUAAACUGAUCACAGUUAAUUAAGGAUUUAACUACAGUUGUUAACGCUAAUUUUAACUACCUGUACGUUUCUAUACAACCGGACAAUGCAGUGAUCAAGUUGACCCGAUGUACAUUCAGGAAGGCUGCAUUAAAUGAAAUUUUAUUACAGGUAACUAAGACGAUUACUGAUGACGCAAUGAUACCGAUAACAGACUGGCGGAACAAAAUCGAUGGUGGCAGACAUUACAUACGCAGUAUUACAUACGGCGGGUAUUUGAUUGCGUCUUUGAAGUAUACCGCGAAGAAAGAUGAAACAAAAGAAGACAUACAAGCAUCGGUUGAAGUAAACGUGAAUACAAAGAAAGUGAAUGUCGGUAUUAAGGGACAGUUCCAGAGUCUUGCAGAAUCUGCUAAUAGCGUUGCUAACUUGAAGAUCUCUUAUACUUCAUCUGAAUUACCAGAUGACACACCCGUUGAUCUGGACUCGAUCCUUAAAGCAAUUUCGGACUUUCCAAACAAGGUUUGUUUAUAUGGGUUCUUCUUUCGCCGGAUAAACUCCCAAACUUAAAAAUAAUUGAUAUAGAAUGCGUACUUGUUCACAAAUCAUGUCUGCACUUUUUAUCACCCAUGCCUUCUCAAAUCCGCCAUAUUGAUUAGAAGUGAGAAAUACAAAGUACCUGAAAUACGUACAUUUCCAGACAUUAAUUAAAUUAACAUGAACUAUUAUGGAACGUAUUAUAUAGUACUGAACGCAUGAGGUUUGCGUUGUGGCGUCAUGUGUUGCAAUGACAACACAACAAUUUUAAAUAUUUAUUUUGGAAAAUAUUUCUGUACAAAAUGACUUACUUCUAACAAUAAAACAAUGAAUUUCCAAAAUGUAUACUGCUGGUAUGUUAUUUUGUGUUCUUGUGCGCUUUGAGUUAAGGUAAAAUUGCAUCUGAAAUGAAUGUUUUGGAAAAGUUCACUCAACUCUGCAGACUUCAAGUAUUAAAACUGCUUUUGGCGAUUAAAAUGCUUUUAACACUUAGGCUAAUAAAACAAAAUAAUUUCAAAUUAUUGAAUAUUUAAAAUAAUUUUUCCCCAAAUAAACAGUUAAAAUGAAAAGGAAAUCUAUGUACGCUUUAUGAACAUUACCCCUAUUACACGGUUAUUUCCCACAGUAUAUCAAUUAGUAUCCUUCUUAUUUCUUGAAGAAAAAAUUGCUUGAAACCUCAUUGUAUGAAACGUUUUUCUAAGUAAAUGUCUCAUAAAAUAUUGCUUAUCCCACUCAACAUUUUUGUGAGAAGUGAGAAGGUCCCCCCCCCCCCCAUACACCCAUGACACGAAAUUCAACAAUUAUUCCAACUGAGUUUAGCAUGUUUAUGGAUACUAUAGGUAAAGCAAAGUAAGAACGGAAUUGGAGUUCCAAUAGAGGUCGAAAUCCGCGAAUUGAAGUAUCUUCAAGGGAACAACGAACUAGACUACGUUGUAAGCGGCCUCAUUGCUGGGAAAGUUCGCAGAUUUGAGGCGAUGUUUGCAGACUUGGAGACGACUUAUGACGCAAUCGACAAGUUGGUCACAGAUCCAAAACACGAAAAAAUGGGUGAUCAACUAGCAGCGAUAUACGGCGAAUUUAAAUCAAAGAUAGACAGAAUAAAACGUGAAUUUUAUAAAGCCGUCAAUAACCUGGACCUUAACGUUGCGUCGGGAGACCUGGAUCAGCUAACGAAAGCCUUUGAAGCCUAUAAAGCCGGCGAUAAGGGUUUCGUCCCUGGGAAAUAUUCCAGGCAGUUCAAACGACUGCAAAAAGAAGAUCCUUUGCCACAGCCUUGGGUAUGUCGUACGUACACAGUAAUUUUAGAAGGGCCAUUUUAG